CAAAUGUAAAACAGAAUGAAGGAUUUUCCUGGUCCUCUCUGCAGGAUCAGUUAAUGGACUGAUUAUGAAAACUGAUGCCAAUUACGAAAAAAUUAACACAUAAUGACCAGUAUAAAACAUGUGAACCUUCUUUGAUAUAUUAUAUAUGUAUUUUUCUUGAGUAAAAGUUGUACAUCAAUCUCUUUUGGUACUCUUGAUUUUUGUUGUUGGAGUUUGGGGUUUUGCUUUGCUUUUGGGAGGGAAGCUCCAUUGUAGAAACGAUUCCACAUGCAGCUUUCGUUUUACCUCAGUACCAAAAUGAUCAAAGAAAUCAAUAGUUUGAUUCUCCCAAGUCUUUCAGGUAUCUUCAUAUGUCAGCUAUCAUUCAAGAAGAACAUAAGGUAGAGAGUUGUUUUGAUAAGGACUCCUUACAUGCCAUUUAAGGAGGAUGCAUCUUUUGGCAUCUGUUGAAGUGAGCGUUGGAGUUGUUAAAUCAAGCUUCCCCUUGUUAGUCAGUGUCUUAAAUAACAAAGAGAAAUGGUGGCUUAAAUAUAUAAAAAAUCAACUU